AAUAGCUAGCCAUUUAGUUUUUGUCGCCAACGCGUUACAUUAUCUCAGAGUGAGAAGCAGAAGCAAGCCCAGUCACUCGGCGAGAGAGUGAGAGAGAGAGAGAGAGAGAGAUGGGUUUCACAGAGAAACAAGAAGUUUUGGUGAAAGAAUCCUGGGAGGUUUUGAAGCAAAAUAUUCCCGAGAACAGCCUCCGUUUCUUCACCCUAAUCCUAGAGAUCGCACCGGCUGUCAAGAACAUGUUCUCCUUUCUGAAAGACUCGGAUGAAAUACCACAAAAUAAUCCUAAGCUCAAAGCCCACGCUGUAAAGGUCUUCAAGAUGUCAGCAAUUCAACUGAGGGAGAAAGGAGAGGUGGUGGUGUCUGAUACAACUUUGAAGUAUUUGGGUUCCGUCCAUAUCGAGAAAGGGGUCAUCGAUCCUCAUUUCCAGGUGGUGAAAGAAGCGCUAAUGAGAACAGUGAAAGAGGCAGUAGGAGAGAAAUGGAGUGAUGAAAUGGACGGUGCGUGGGGGGAAGCCUACGAUCAGUUGGCUGCAGCCAUCAAGACUCAGAUGAAACAAGAAUUAGAAGCUGCUCGCAAAUCUAGUUCAGAUUAUUAAACUAAUAUCAUGUACUUUGCUCCUGUCUUAAUUAUAGAUAAUUACCAGCUGCUGCUUCUUGUGUUUGUCCCUCAAUUUUCUUUUUGCAAGUUAUUUAUAUAUAAGGACAUUCGGACUA